GCGCAGCAUCGCAUCCCGUCGCUCUGCCUUCCUGGAGCAUUCCCGAGAGCUGAAGUUCUGCACUCCCGACGUUCUGUGGGUCGGCUGAAGGUGCUUCGGAGCUGGUAAAAGACACCUGACACUCCACAAUGGCAGCCAUUCUCCUCCGGUCGCUUUUAAAUAAGAAGGCCCCCUUUCAGCUGGGUCGCAUGUGCUACUCCUCCUCGGUGCCCACCACCAAGCUGUUCAUCGACGGCAAGUUUGUCGAGUCCAACACAUCCGAGUGGCUUGACAUUCACAACCCGGCCACUAAUGAAGUGGUGGGACGUGUUCCCAAAGCCACUCAGGAGGAGAUGCUGGCGGCGGUGGACUCCUGCUCCAGAGCCUUCCACUCCUGGUCCGAGACCUCCAUCCUGAGCAGGCAGCAGAUCUUCCUGCGCUACCAGCAGCUCAUCAAGGACAACUUGAAAGAACUGGCUAAAAUAAUCACCUUGGAGCAGGGCAAAACUCUGGCAGAUGCGGAAGGCGAUGUAUUUAGAGGACUGCAGGUGGUGGAGCACGCCUGCAGCAUCACGUCGCUCAUGCUGGGGGAAACCUUGCCCUCCAUCACCAAGGACAUGGACACUUACACGUACCGCCUGCCCAUCGGGGUGUGCGCUGGCAUCGCCCCUUUCAACUUCCCCGCCAUGAUCCCUCUGUGGAUGUUCCCCAUUGGGAUGGUGUGCGGCAACACCUACCUCAUGAAGCCCUCUGAGCGGGUCCCAGGAUGCACCAUGCUUCUGGCCAAAUUGCUCCAGGACGCCGGGGCGCCAGACGGCACAAUGAACAUCAUCCACGGCCAGCACGCAGCGGUGAACUUCAUCUGUGACCAUCCAGCCAUCAAAGCAAUCAGCUUUGUGGGAUCCAACCAGGCUGGAGAGUACAUCUAUGAGCGAGGCUCCAAGAACGGCAAAAGAGUGCAAUCCAACAUGGGUGCCAAGAACCAUGGUGUGGUGAUGCCGGAUGCCAACAAAGAGAACACCAUCAACCAGCUGGUGGGUGCUGCCUUUGGAGCAGCUGGCCAGCGCUGCAUGGCUCUCUCCACUGCUAUUUUUGUCGGGGAGUCCCGCAAAUGGGUCCCAGAGCUGGUGGAGCGCUCCAAAUCACUACGCGUUAACGCAGGCGAUCAGCCCGGUGCAGAUGUGGGUCCCCUGAUCUCUCCUGACGCCAAGGCCAGGGUAGAGUCACUGAUCCAGAGCGGGGUGGACGAAGGCGCCAAGUUGCUGCUGGAUGGAAGAAAAGUCAAUGUCAAGGGAUAUGAAAACGGCAACUUUGUCGGACCCACCAUCUUAGGCGGUGUUACGCCUGACAUGACAUGUUAUAGGGAGGAGAUCUUCGGGCCGGUGCUUGUCGUCCUGGAGGCCGAGAGCCUCGAUGACGCCAUUUCUUUAAUCAACAGAAACCCUUACGGCAACGGCACCGCCAUCUUUACCACCAAUGGAGCCACAGCACGCAAAUACACACAUGAGGUGGAUGUUGGCCAGAUUGGCGUGAAUGUACCCAUCCCCGUCCCCCUUCCCAUGUUCUCCUUCACUGGCUCCAGAGGUUCAUUCAGAGGAGAUACCAACUUCUAUGGCAAGCAGGGCAUCCAGUUCUACACUCAGAUCAAGACUGUGACUUCUCAGUGGAAGGCUGAGGAUGCCACAGUGACGAGCCCGGCUGUUACCAUGCCAACCAUGGGACGCUAAGCUGAACUCGCAGUGCAUCCAUCAUAACCUUCAGUGACUUUUUACAUGCCUUACAAGAAGAGCUAAGGGGCGACUGGGGGAGAAACAGUUACCAGAAAUAUACACACUGAGAUUUAUUAGUUGGGGAGUGUUUGAACUAUGAACAUCUUGGACUCUUCUGCUGCACAAAUGUAUACCUCCUAUAGAGCCGAAAAAAAAACAUAACCGGGAGUAUUUCCGUGAGUGUUGCUGUGAAUCUCUUCAUGUGUGUGUUGCAUUUAUUACAUGUUCUUUCCUGCUCAUUUUCCUGGGGUCAUGGGUUAAUCCUGUGACCCCCCAAUCGAUCACUUCCAUAAACCAUCAGGCGUUCUGGCAUUGCAUUUUUGUAAAACCUAUAGGAGAAACGACAAGCAUCAGGGAUUCUGCUGCUGAGCAGCGACGGUAAAUGUCUUCCAUCAGUAUCCCCUGUGGUUCAUUAGCCGGUUCCAUUUAACAGAGCACUGAAGUUGAUGUGAUUGGAACAAAUGCUACAUCGGAACAUGGACACAGGCCUCAUGUUACCCCAUUAAAACUGAAAUGGUGUAUACUGGUCAUUGUUGUCAUUAGUGUCACAGAGAUUCACAGUUUUGUAUGUUACUGUACUCUUAACGUAAUACUACUAUAGCACUUAAAUUGCAGUGUUUCAAGUGUCAAUCAAUAUGCUGAUAUUUUUCAAGCAUUUGGACGUAGUUACAUGUGUGCUAGACAUUUUUUAGAUUUUGAGAUACUAAAAAAUCCGUCCCUCUUAAUUCCUGGAACAUAUUAACAUUGUAGCAAGAGUAUUUGAGACUGUAGUUUGCUAUUUGAAUAAAGACAGUGGUUUUUGGUGAAA